AACAGCAAGCAUUUAGGUUUCCAUCUGAAGACAGACUCAUGUCGCAAAGGACUUACAACCAGCUGUGGGCAGAUGCCCAGUUAGAGUUAAGUCGACUGCUGACUGAGGAGCUGCCUGCUGAACCCCUUCGCCCAGAAAAGGACAGGGUGGUUUUUUUCCAGCGCUUAGCCAUGCUGUAUGUGCGGUACAUUCAAAUCUUCAGACAGCUGGAAACAGUCUAUGACCAAAUGGUCAAUCCCCAGAAGAGAAGAGUUAUUCGGGCCAUUGUUGAUGGUGUGAUGGGCAGGGUGUUGGAGCUGAAGAAUGAAAUGGUGGAAAAAGAGUUUUCCGAGUACCAUUACAUGGAUGAUGUCCUUCAUGACUUAAAGCUUUUACCUACAGACCUUGAAAUCCCUAUCCCUCGCUAUUUCAUUAGUGAUCGCAACAGAGAACUCCAAGAACGAAAGACAAUGCUGACAGAAAUCCUUAAAAUGGUGGAGGACACUGGAAUCCCAGAACCUCUAAUGGCCAAGGACAUGAGUCAAGAGGAGGCUAUUAAGAUCAUUCAGGUGUUGGAGAGGGCCCGUCAAGGACGCCAGAGAGCAAAGUUGAAUGUAGAAAGCAGAAACAUGAACAGGAUGUACAGAACCAAGGAACCUGGAACCGCUGAAAUUGAGUUGGCUUCUGUCUGCAUUCAAAAGGUUUGGAGAGGCUACAUACAGAGGAAAAGGGCAAAGAUUGAUCGGGAGGAAGAAAUGAUUUUCCUAGGAAUGGUCAUGGAUCCAAAGUACCAGGUGCCUAACCCUACAGAAAUCGCUGCCCAGGCCAGUGCAGAUCUUUCUCGCACUAAACAGGAGGAGUAUGAAGAAGACUAUCUGAAGUCUGUUGUGGCAGUCACAAACCAAAUAAGAGAUUUAGAGGCACAUGACAUGAGCAAGACCAUGAAAGAACAAAUCCGACAGUGGUUCAUUGAAUGCCGUGAUGCUACAGGAUCAUUUCCAGAUUACCCAGAUGAGGAGGAUGGAGGCUCACUGCUCAUUUUUGCUGAAAAAGACCCUCAGCAGUUAAGGGAAGAAAUUGCAGCAAAGGAAGAGGAGGAUUCCAACAACAAACCGAAAGGGAAGGAUGAAAAGAAGGAUGGGAAGAAGGACAAGGGGAAGGAUGAGGAAGAAGAAGAAGAAGCAGGGUUGAAGAUGCUACCUUCAGCUUUUCUGUCAGACUUGGAAGUAGCAAACAAAACAUUUGCAGAUUUUUGGAAAUCCCGCAAUGAGUCCCAAAACUUCAACCAGAGACAUGAGGUGGAGCUGAUCAAGGAACUAAAGAGGGCGGAUAUUGAAGCAGAGAUUCGACUACAGGUCGAUGAACAGAUGAGGCAAGAGCUGGCCGAAUGGAAACUAGCUGUGGAUAAAGACAAGGGUGGUAAAACCAAAGGAAAUGCCAAGAAAAAGAAAGGAUCUAAGAGUGGGAAGAAGAAAAAAAAGGAGAAAGAUUUGACAGCUGAUAGGACUCUUGAGUCUCUGUGUCAGGAGCUGGUGGAGCAAGGCUUGAUGAAAAAGGCGAAUCAUGUUAGACUGGAGGAUUACAUGGGUGACUAUAGCUACCUUGGCACCACCCUGAGGCAAAAUGACAUAGAGCCAAUGCCAUCACUGUCAGAUGUUCGGCAGGUCUUAUCUCUGUAUGCAAUUUUACCAUUAGGCUCUCAGGUCGUGCAUGAGAAGGCUCCUCUGAUUAAGGCCAUCCUAUUGGCAGGGCCGGCAGGUGUAGGGAAGAAGAUGUUGAUCCAUGCCAUCUGCCAAGAGACUGGUGCAAACCUGUUUGAUCUGUCUCCUCUGAACACAGCGGGAAAGUACCCAGGCAAGAAUGGCCUUGCUAUGAUGCUCCACAUGGUGUUCAAGGUUGCGAGAUUGCUGCAACCUUCUGUAAUAUGGAUUGAAGAUGCAGAAAAAAUGUUCUACAAGAAAGUUCCCAAAGAAGAAAAAGAGUUAGAUCCAAAACGCUUGAAGAAAGACUUGCCAAAGUCUCUAAAGCUAAUCAAAGGGGAGGAUCGUGUUCUGGUAAUUGGAACAACAAAAGACCCACUAACUGCAGAUAUCAAGUCACUGUGUAAAAUGUACAGCAAGAUUAUCCUGAUCCCGAGACCGGACUACGGCUCAAGAUACAUCUUGUUGAAGCAGCUGAUCAAAAAGCAGGGAGGCGUGAUAACCAAGGCUCUUGACCUCAGCUCUCUUGCAAAGAUUUCUGAUGGCUACACACCGGGCCACAUGGUCAAGGUGAUACAGAGUGUGGUCACUAAGCAUCGCAUCCUACAGCAGGCAAACAGACCGCUGACUGCUGCUGAGUUCGUUACUCCGUUAGCAAAGAUUGACCCUGUGUUUCAGGAAGAAGAAGAGGCCCUCAAGAACUGGUAUGCAAAGACCCCCUUGGGGAAGAAGAGGAUUAAAGCUGCCACAGGAAAUGAAGAGGAGGCCCCAGUUAAAGGCAAAGAUGCAAAGAAGAAAGGAAAAAAAUAAAGUUUAUCUUCAUGUUUUU